AUGAUCUUAAAUCCUUCAAACUUUGGUGGGGGUGGUCCAAUGUUACAGCAUUCAUCAUCAUCAGCUGCUUCUGGUGCUGGUCCUUCUUGCUCAUCAAUACCAUCACAACCUCAAAGUCAAGUUUCUUCUCAACAAAUGUUUGGAUCGCCACCAUCUCAAGCAACAACAGUCAAUACUUUAUUGGAUGGAUACAAUCCAAAUCCAUUCCGUUCAACAAAUCCUCCAAACAAAACUGGUGGUCAAGGUAGUGGACAACAACAGUUUUCAUCAAAUGAUGGAAUGCCUCUUCCUGAACCGCCAGCAACUACUAGAGAUUGGCAUGCUUCUAUAACUCCUGAUUUGAGAAAUCAUUUAGUUGGAAAAUUGGUUAAGGCCAUUUUUCCAUCACCCGAUCCUGCUGCAAUUCAUGACCAACGCAUUCGUGAUUUAAUCACAUAUGCUCGAAAGGUCGAAAAAGACAUGUUCGAACAAGCGCCAGAUAAAGAAGCUUAUUAUCAUAUGUUAGCAGAAAAAAUUUACAAAAUUCAAAAAGAAUUGCAAGAAAAGAAAAACCGACGAUUAAAUGAACAACAAAAUCAACAACUUGGAGGAGGACAAUUACAACAACAGGCAGAUUUACAACAACAUCAUCAAGCAUUGAUACAUCAACAAUCAGUACAUAUUAGAGAAAUAAAGCAAGAACCAAAAGGUGAACAACAACAGCCUCAAGGGAAUCAACCAAUGUUAAAUUUUGUUGAUCAAAUACCUAAUAAACGUCCAAAGAUUGAGGAACCUGAUAUUCCAUCAAACUCAGAACUAUCAUUAUCAAUUAAAAUGGAAUUAACUAAUAAUACUAACACCAACAUAUUUCCAUCAACAUCUUCAGAAUCUGCUUCAACUAUUAAUACUAAUAGGCGUCCUACAACACCUAAAGAAUCUAAGCCAAGCACUUCAACUGCUCCUCCUGAACCUAUAAUUCGUGAUCCAAAGAUAUUUAGUGCUAAUGAAUUGAGAAGCCAUUUAUUACCAGUAUGGCAAAAAUUGUGGGAUACUGAACCUGAAUGUAUACCUUUCCGUUUACCUGUAGAUCCGGAGUCGUUAAACAUUCCGGAUUACUUUGAUAUUAUUAAAAAUCCAAUGGAUCUUAAAACAAUAAAAGAUGGGCUAGAUCAAGGAAAAUAUAAAAAUCCAUGGGAGGUUUGUGAUCACAUGUGGCUAAUGUUUGAAAAUGCUUGGCUCUACAAUCGUAAAAACACAAAAGUCCACAAAUGGUGUACUCGUUUAAGCGAAAUAUUUAUUGAAGAAAUUAAUCCAGUAAUGAGACAAAUGGGUUAUUGUUGUGGUCAAAAACUUUCAUUUACUCCAUUAGUUCAAUUUUGUUUUGGAAUAACUAAAAAUAAUGCUGCUUGUGUUAUUGCUAGAGAUCAACCAUAUUUUAUGUAUGAAUGUAGUUCUAGCGGUUUUGGUGUUACUGUUGCUGAAAAAUAUAUUUAUUGUGUUAAAUGUUUUGAAGCUUUGCCUGAAAAGGGAAUUAAUUUGAAUGAAAAUACUUCUGAUCCUCCAAAGUUUGUUUUUGUUUUUCGAUUUUUUUUAGAAAUUUCGUUAUUCGGGUCAGGAAAGGUCUUCUCAUACAUCCUGAAAACGUAACCGCUAUUUUUCGACUUGAAACUCGAAUCCCAAUCCGACAGUUUCUUAACCCUACUCAUCCCUAUACAAGUGUUAAAAUCGUAGGGUGAAAAUUCAAAGUUAGGUGUUAGGAGAUAGG